AGUGUUAUCUCACUCUGACAUAUUGUGUGCAGUGUCAUUUUCUGACUUAAUUGUCUCAAAGUCACAAACCAUUUCAAAAACUCUUGUUUGUGAGGACAGCAGUUGACCAGUUUUUUCUCCACCACCGUAAACAGAAAUCCAGCUCAUAGAAGAAGGAUGACUCCCUAGAGGUCUUUAACACAAACCCCACCCAAAUCCAGCUGCUUCCUUGACUGGAGGGGUGGGGGAAAGGGUGGCGUAACUACACUGAUGUCGGUGCUAGUCCACAACGUAUGUGCUUGAGGCUAACGGACAAGUCACUCAACAAUAGCUAAGCUACCGACUCUAAAGUGGUUGAGUUGUAACGUCAUUAUUUCCUUUAUUUCCCCCUGUAGGUUAAUACACCGCCACAACAGAUGCAUUAACCCACAAUGGACUCAUCGGUCCAGCAUUGCGCUCUAUGUUUUGAUCUCACUGUUGACGGUUGAACAAGUUUUCCUACUGGUUUCCAUUGAAAUCCAGAUAUCAUUGUUUGUUUUUAAGAGUAUUUUGCAUAGACCUGGGCAUGCAACCUUUCCAUACCAACAGGUGCGCUCUCUACAGACAUUUACAAAGUUCCAGUCAAAUGCGAUGCAUUGCUCGCCCUCAUUAGGUAGGCCAACUGUAGCCUGAAUAUCACAUUAAAUUAAACAACCCCUGCCCCAUUAGUAGUAUUGAAAUCUCUGCUUUGCUUGAACACAGACGGGACAGAUCUGUGUAUCUGUGUUGUGGGUCCUGAAGAUAGCUAGAUGCUCAGGCCAUGACCUCAGUGGUGAGGUAUCCUCUUAGCACUGGCAGUAUGCAUGAUGAAAAUAUUGUCACCCUGCUCUAUGCAGACCAGCUGGCCCCAGCCAGAACAGCGACGCGCGUUUGUUUUGCUGCUAAUCCGUUGCAUAGGGGGACAUGUGAAUACAGCGCAGCACUGUGUGUCUGUAUGUGUGUAGGUGUGUGUGCGUUGCUCCACACACACACACACACACACUCCCGUCGCACAGAAGGGCAGAGAGCAGUUUCGGUUUUCUCUCUCCACAUUGACGAGCCCACAGGGGUUGUCGACGCGCAAGACGUGGAUAACUUUCAUUCUUUCGUAUCUUUCUUUCAACCCCACCGAUGUCCGUUCACCCUGCACUUGAUCCGAGAGCCCGAGCAUGACUUCUGUUUGGAAACGGCUCCAGCGAGUGGGCAAGAAAGCCUCCAAGUUUCAGUACGCGGCGACUUACCAAGAACUACUGGUAGAAUGCACGCACAAAUGGCAGCCCGACAAAUUGCGAGUGGUGUGGAUCCGGAGAAACCGACGCCACAGCACAAAGCUCCACAGUUGGCAGCCUGGGAUCCAGAACCCUUACCGGGGCACGGUGGUGUGGCAGGUCCCAGAGAGCGUGGACAUCCCUAUCACCCUCUUCAAGGAUCCCACCGCGGAAGAGUUUGAAGACAAGGACUGGACGGUGAUCGUUGAAGAUGAGACAAAGGGCCGUAGGAAGGUUCUGGCAUCGGCAGACGUGAACAUGAAGAAAUACGCGAGCGCAACGCAAGCCAAGUACGACAUGGUCCUGAAACUGAAGCCGAUGUCGGUGAAGGUCGUGGAGGCCACUCUGAAGCUCACCCUGUCUUGUAUUUUCCUCAAGGAGGGCAAGGCCACAGACGAAGACAUGCAGAGCUUGGCCAGCCUGCUGAGCUUGAAGCAGAGCGACAUCGGAAACCUGGACGACUUCAGCGAUGAGGAGGCCGGCGACGACCGAAGAGCCACCUUCGGAAGCGGAUUGGCUCACCCCGUGACUGACCCCGACCCCCCCAACAGCCGGAUCCGGGACGCAGCCUGGAGACCGGUUCUGGACCCAGGGCCCCCAGUGGUGGGAUGGGGCGGCCCUGCCAACGCCACCUCCACCUUCACCCUCCUGACCCAUCCUCAUGCCCCGCCCGCCGCCAGCUCACAAGCCCACCCCGGGCGCCGCCCCGGCGAGCCCCGCCCCUCGCCCUAUGCGUACUCCCUGCCGGCGUUCACCCGCGCCCACCCCCCCGCCCUGCCCAAAAUCUUCCAGCCCGGCGCGGCCUCAGGUAUUGGCCGGCGAAUUUGCGUUUGUGUGAAAGUGUCACUUUUAGUCCUUUUUUGGUUUGUCUAUUUAAAGGUGCUGUAGAGAGAGAGAGAGAGAGAGAGAGAGAGAGAGAGAGAGAGAGAGAGAGAGAGAGAGAGAGAGAGAGAGAGAGAGAGAGAGAGAGAGAGAGAGAGAGAGAGAGAGAGAGAGAGAGAGAGAGAGAGAGAGAGAGAGAGAGAGAGAGAGAGAGAGAGAGC